UGUUAGUUUGGCGCUUUGCAAGCGACCCCUCCGAUCUGAACGUCGCUACGGAGCUACGGCAUCGGUGGGCGGCAGAUUCGCAGCCGCAUAUCGAUACGGACAGCGCCAUGUCGAGCCACGCUGUGCUCGAAGCUAUCCAGAAAGUCGCUGCCCGGCACUUUCGCAGGCAGCUGGGAUCUCGUUUGAAGGCCUUUGCACAUGAUAUCUACUUUGUGCAGCUUGGUGUGAGACCGGUGUUCCUGAACGACUACUUCAUUUCGACGACCGAGGAGCUCUCGGCCUUUGUCCGCUCGCUUCACCAGAUUUCGCGGGACUUUGAGGAGCUGGGAUGCAUGGUGUUCAACGAAGAGUUUGUAUACUUUUGCCACCGGGCGAGACUCGCUCAAACUCUUCGUAACGAGGUCGAAAGCCGGUUUUCGGAUCGGAUAUUCGUCAACGUCUCCAAGGCCCUGAAAUCACCGCAGAUAUGCAAGGAAGAGGAAACCGCUGCAAUCAUCAGCCAACUGGACCCGCUGGUGGCCAGGCUCCUCGACCGGCCUGGCUUGUCUCUCGAAACAACCGAGCUCGUCAUCGCCCAGGAGCUUAUCCCGGCAGUUAGCGGCUGGCUUCUUGGCUACCCAGUCGUCUACACCCUCUGGACAGGCAGCCAAAUAUCGGACUCUGUGGACGGCCUCGACAACUGCCUGGGAUCGGUCCAGCUCCGGCUCUUUGAAGUGAAUGUUGACCUCGCGUCGUAUCCAGACACAACGAGAAGGGACCCUUCUGGCAACAAGUUCCGUAUGAUGAGUUUCAGUUGUCCGAUCGAGAUCUAUGAAGCCGGCCGGUCGAUCGUUGAUGGAUUCAAGGAAGCGCUGCUGCGGGCCACUAAGAAGUUGGGCGACUUGCAAGUGGAGUGGAACGAGUCCACCGUCUGCUAUCCGAAACUGAUGGUGUGAUGCAAUCAGUCUGCUGGCAAGAGAGAGGAGCCUUCGAUGGAUUCUGGGAGAUGCAGGAUCUUGACCAUCUGGGAAACCCAGGCGUCGCCCAUAUGAUGGCUCAAGACUUUUGUGCGGUCGUCGAGAGAAGAUCCGGACUUGUUGGAGCUCAGAUAGAUGUAGAACACCUCAAUAUACUUGUUCCUGCGGACAAAGGCCAUCGCCAAUGUCGAA